AUGAAAAAGCAUCCUUCUGAAAAUUUAUUAGAUUAUUGUGUGUAUUACAAAGACAGAUAACUUCCAGCUUUACAUAAAACUGAGGCAGUUAAAAGAGCCCUGAUCAUGGAUUCAAUAACAAACAAUGAACACCCCCUCAAUCAGUUGAUCGAAAAAAAACAAACAUUUGUACCCUUCAUCAAUGAAAGGGAUAGUAUGGGUAGACUGAUAUCAAGUGAAUCUUACCAUAGAAAAAGAAAAAGUGAUGCAUCCAGUAUCUUUAAUUCUCCAAAAAGCAGUCAUCACUUUCUCAGCAAGAACUCGAUUUCAAAUACAAGUAGUUUGUAUGAGAAUUCACUACCUGCCACAAGGCUAAAAUUAAAGAAUCUUUUGGGAGGCACUCCUGAAAAUACAGAAUUAAUUUAAUCUACUUUAUUAGCUAGUUAAAGCGAAUUUAAAUAAUCUUUCUAGUUCAAUUCCAAACACAACCAGAUCUCUUUGAGAUUACAUAGAAAGAACAAUAGUCUCUAAAAUAAACUGCCUCAAUUUGGUCGAGAAUCUAGGAUUCCAGAAUUAAAAUUGUUCAAGUAACCAACUACACCCCAAGCCACUCGAUUCUUUUAAAGCAAUUAUGUGAUAGAAAUGUUUAAUUAAAAUAAGUAUGAAAUCUUAAAAAUAAUAAAAGGAUCCCUGAUUACAAAAUGCAAUAUGUAAUUUUGAUGGAAAGAAUGAGUAAAUUUUAAUUGGAAUUUUUGAAAGAUGUUUCUGCAAAUGAAAGAAGAAGAACAUUCGUUAAAUUGGACAAGAAUAGAAGAUUCAAAUUAAGUUUAUUGUUACUAAUUUCUAAAGCUUAAACCCAGUACGGAAUGUUAUAAUGAUUUGUAUAUAAUUUAUGGAUGAUAAUAGUUUAAUUGUUAAUUAGUGUUGCAUGUAUUCACUUUGUUUUAGCUAAAUAUACAAUAUUUUUAGACACUAAGCAAGUGUAGGAAAGUUCCUUCUUAAUUGAUAUCAACCCAACUCAAUUGGAAUAAAAUAACACCUUGCAAUUACAAAAAUUUUAUAUUUAUUAAUAUUUAGGUCAAAUCAGAGUUCUCUCUAAGACUCAAUAAACGCUUUAAAGUGAUAUUUGACACAAGUUCAUCGUAAAUGUGGUUACCAAGUGUCAAUUAUUA